AUGACAAUGAGCGCACACAAUAUCGGAACACGAGCUUCACCUAAAACUGGCUGCUCCACUAAUUUAAAAAAGAUUGAUUUGCAAUUUUCAUUUAUUUAUUGUGAAAAAAUAGUUACUACAGGGAUAUCUGCCAUUGAAAAAUCUGUGUCUCUUCGAACAAUAUCAAUUGUAUCGUUUGGUGAAGAGAAAGAGGAUCAGUUAUUUCUAAAGAAAAACUUCGUUACACCUCCUCUUUCGACGGAUGUUAAGAGCGUUCUAAUCAACCACAAAAGACUGGCUAGAGGUAUCCAAGCAAAAGCCCACAAAUACUACUCAUGA